AAACAGUCUGGCUCUCAGUAACAAAACAGACAAUAUGAGAAACACACAGGAGUAAAUUCCCAAGAGUUUUCACACACGCUCAUGGUGAAGAUCACUGACAACUGGCCCUCUGUGGAAGGACUUAUUUCUCCGUGAGGAAGCUGAACUUAACUUCUUAACAAACAUGCCUCUUUGACCUGCUCCACUGUAGGCUGUAACCUGAGAGGGCUGAUCCUGACACAGAGCUGAGAGUGAAACUUCAUGAGCCUCAUUAACACACAGGCCUUUAGAAGUGAGAUUAUCAACUCAGUCUGCUCAGAAACAGAGCAAACUUGCCAAAGCCCUGUAUGAUAACACUGCAGAGUGUGCAGAUGAACUGGCCUUCAGAAAAGGAGACAUUGUUAAAGUGGUGGAUCAAUAUGUGGCUGGCACCAGUGGAUGGUGGAUGUGCUCUCUGUUUGGACAACAUGGCCUAGCCCCUGCAAACAGACUGCAGCUCUUACCACAAACUGGAACCACUGCAGUCUCCUUACACCAUGCCUUGGAAAAACCCAAAUUAAUUGAUUCUAGAACUGAUGACAGAAUGCUAAAUAUCUACCAGAUCCCAAGUGUACCUGGACCCUCGAGCAGUCCAGCUUAUGAGCGUAUGGACAUGAUAUACAAGGUCCCAUCCACUCCUUUGUCAACCUCAAAAAGUACAAUGUCAACACUUAAGCACACCACAGAUGGACCUGAGGGAGACAAGGCUUCAUUCUUCAAUACUGUGUCCAGUCCAAAAGGGGAGGUUUAUGAUGUCCCAAGCCAAGGAAGACGAGUUUCUCUUUUCACUGCAUCAACAACUCCAAGUUAUACUGCGCAAAAACACUCACUGAUUCCCAUUACAGAGCUGGAGAGAAGAUUUGACUCUGCAGAGAGUUUAAGGUGUAGCAGUCCAGGAGACUCUUAUGUAUAUGCAGUUCCACCACCUUUGCUUCAGGACCCAAACUAUGACAUCCCUGUUCCUUCGCCCACAGAAGCCCGACAGAAAAUGAUUGGUGGAUACAGUACCCUUCCCAACCCCCACAAGCCAGAGUGGAUCUAUGAUGUGCCAGUGGGUCCUGAAAAAUCAAGUCCACCUCAAGGCUCCUAUGACACCAUGCCCCAUAAAGCUGUAUCUAGGCAGCUCUAUGACACUCUUCCGGCACAAGCUUGGCUUACACAAAGAGGCUGUCCAACUCUCUCAGUUUAUGAUAUACCAAAACCCAAUACUCUUGACAUCCCGAGUUUGCCCAAAGUGCCUCCAGUGGUCCCAAUUUAUGACAACCCCCCAAAUCAGACAUUUACAGAAGAGUCAGUCUAUGCUGUUCCACCCCAAGAGGAACCCCUCACCCAAGUUUUCAGUGAUCCACCCAGUGAUUAUAUACCCCUAGAGUGCAGAGGUGACUCAAGCAAUGUUCAUGAACACAAUAGGGCAUGCCUGCAGCGGAUGAGGAACUUUCUGGCCCAUACAUCUUUCCAUGACCUUCCAGGAAGCGGGGAGUCAAUGGCACAGGAAGACAGUAAGAGAGGAAGAAUCCUACAUCUCUCAGCAGCAGACAGUCAAAGAAUUAGCACGGCCUCCAGCUCUUCCACUAGCUCCAGUGACUCUCUGGCUCUGAGCUCAUCCUCUCCAGAACCUCUGCGAGAAGUCACGCUCGGCCAGGAUGAAGCCUGUCACAGACUUCUGGAACUGCAGGAGUCCAUCUGCAGAGCUGUGCCCCAGCUCAUGGAGUUUGUCAGCUAUCACUGGAGAAGUAAAGAGCAUUUGCAGAAACACUUGAAGGAGAUCAAAGAAGCAGCAGAGGAAAUUGCAUGUUCUCUGACAUGCUUCCUAAACUUUGUCCUGGACGUUAAAGGUAAUGCCCGUCGUUUGACUGAUGCCAACCUUCAGACAAGGCUCCAUAAACAGCUUUCCAUCAUAGAGGACUCAGGUGUGAUCUUACAGCAAACGAUGAGUGCUUUAAACAUGGCUGGCUGGUCCCUCAACAAACUGUGCCAGAACCCGGGACAGGUCCAGACACCUGACCAACUGGAGCGCUUUGUUAUGGUGGCACGCACCAUCCCAGAGGACAUCAAACGCCUAGUGUCCAUCAUCAUUGCCAAUAGCAAGCUUCUGUUUAGACCUUCUCAGAAAGAUCCAGAUCAUCUCAACACCCUAAGUCAACCAGAGACAAGGGAAAGUCCUAACAGGAGCAAACAAGGGGGGGACUUAGAGGAAGACGACUAUGUAGAGCUACAGACUAAGAAUGAAUUUGAAAAGCAGCAAAAGAAAAUGCAGAAAGAACCAAAAGAAAAUGUCACAUCAGUCUCUAUCAAGGCACAGACUGAUAACAAGCGUCAUUCCUCUGAGUCCAGCAGUGGCACUGAGGAACAUCGAUCAUCCUCCCUGUCAGAGCACUGUCGGCUUUACUUCGGUGCUCUCCAGAAGGCCAUCGGGGGAUUUGUGGGCAGCCUUCAAGAUGGCCAACCACCAGAGAAAUUCAUCUCACAAAGUAAGCUGGUGAUCAUGGUGGGCCAGAGACUGGUGGACACACUAUGCAGGGAGGCUCAACAUGGAGGGUCCAGCCAGAGCCUCCUGUGUAAGAGCAACCACCUGUGUGCUCUCCUGAAGCAGCUGGCUGUGGCAACCAAGAAGGCAGCGCUGCACUUUCCAGAUAAGCAAGCUCUGCAUGAGGCUCAAGAGUUUGCGAAGGAACUGGCCCAAAGAGCACAGCACUUUCGGAUAUCACUUGACCUCUGAGAGCGCACAUAUCAAGCAUAUUUGAUUUGUUUAUACAGCAAAAAACAUGAGUUUAUUCAUCAGUCAAUUAGCUAUCUAUUUGUUUGUUCAUUCAUUUAAUAUUCAACUGCUAUGAAGCUUCACUAACCAAAAAGGUUUUUGCUUUUAGCUGGUUGUUUUUAUCAUCACGAAUGCAGGUCCAGGUCAAAUGUUAAUAAUGUUAGGAAAAGCAGCUGGGACAAGCAGAACAAUUCAAAUAAGGAGCUGUAUUUAUACUAGAAUAUAAGACUUCUACACAGUGGAGUUCCAAAAUGAACCAAAUUAGAAUACUGUAUUCAAGCCUAUUUUACAAUAUAAUUUUAAAAUUAAGCAUGAAAUAUGGUGUGUCUUAUACAAUUUGCAACAAUUUUAUAUUGUUUGAAUAUUGUCUGUUAUGUGGAUGGUUUUAUGUAUUUUUUAUGUAUUUUAUUCUUAUUUGUGUAAGAGGUAUACGCUCCAGGGUAGUAGUUAAGUCUCCUUUUUGUGAAUAUCUGAGCAAAUGUUCUAAAAAAUGUUUUAUGCAUUCCCAAAUUUUUCUCAACAAAAGACUGAGAAUGACGCCUGUUGGAUUUUUUAUUAAUAUUAAAAUUAAAAACUGAAAACUUUUUUUUUGUUUUUUUAAUGCCUAUAUGAAGUAUACAUGAGGAAGGGAUAUUUAUUUAGUCAUAUUUGGAGAAUACUAUAAAUUUAAAUGCUAUUUUGCAGAGUACUACUUAGCAUGUGAAAUGGUUAUUAUCUCUUCUUCUUAUGAUCAUCAUUUUAUCAUCAGUCCACCCCCAAUUUCCCUCACUUUUGUCCUUCUCCCUCUUUUUACAUAUUCCUAAGUCAAGAAAACAAAUGUCUUCAUAAGAAUGCAGUUUACCUCCUUUUCCCCAGACCCAUAGUGUGUCAUAUUCACAUAUUUGUAAAUGUGUUCUAUUCUCCUCAAAAUAAGAUCCUGUGGGAAAUGAAGUAAAACUUUCUAAAGGAAUAUUUACAAAUAAAUGAAUUUAAAUUGUA